AUGAAGGCUUCGACACCUCUAUCCACAGCUACCAUCCAUGAUCUGCUCAUCACCGGCGUCUAUGUACUCUACAAUACGACUAAAGAAGGCGCGCAACGAAGCAUGGACUGCCUCUCCGCCGGGUGCGCCCACUUCGGGCUGACCAUCAGUACAGAGAAAACGGUGGUCAUGCACUUACCGUCACCCAACAUGCAGCAUUUCACUCCUCCUCGAAUUACUGUCGACGGCUACAAACUCAGAAUCGUCGACAAUUUCGCCCAUCUCGGAAUCACACUUUCCAGCAGCACCAGAAUCAACGACGAAGUGGCCUACCGGAUCUCCAAUGCCGGCCGAGACUUCGGCCGGCCGCAGAACACCGUGUGGAAUCGUCACGACCUCCAACUGAAUACCAAACUGAAGAUGUACAAGGUCGUCAUCCUGACGACACUUUUCUACGGAGGGGAGACCUGGACCGUCUACUCCAGCCGUGCAGCGAGGCUAAACCGCUUCCAUUUUAGCUGCCUGCACAGAAUACGAAAGCAGAGAUGA